AUGGCGCCGAAAUACGUGACAGGAAUAAAGGCCACCGCCACCGCCGGCCUAACGACAAAGUUGAGGUGGCGGCGACCAAAGCCACCGCUUCCGGUCACCGUGGCCGCACUGUGCUGGCUGUCGGCUGUCACACUCGUGACCCUCUCCGGAAGGACACUGCUGCUGCCGGCGUCGUCGGCCAGCAGCGUUAUUGGGGACGAGAAUGGUCCACUAAUAGAGGUGCAGACGGCGGUCGGUCUGGACGUUUCGCUGCCCUGCGAUCUGCUGCCAACGAGCAUGACCAUGCUGACGGACAAGGUCUACUUGGUCAUCUGGUACAAGGAGGGCAACACUAAGCCAAUUUACUCCUUCGACGCACGGGGUAAAAGCCUGCAGCAGGCGAUCCACUGGUCGGACGAGGCCGUCCUCAAGUCGAAGGCGUACUUCUACUACGACACCAGCCCGCCGGCCCUGCGGAUAAAGGGCGUCAAGCAGGAGGAUGCCGGACUGUACAGGUGCCGAGUGGAUUUCCACAAAUCGCCCACGAAAAACUGCCGAAUCGACCUGGACGUGCUGGUGCCACCGUCGAAGAUUACGAUUCUGGACGAGCUCGGGGCGGCCGUCCUAAACAACGUCGUCGGUCCGUACCGCGAGCAUGCGGACGUCAAUCUUACGUGCAUCUCGACCGGGGGCCAACCGACGCCGAAGGUCACCUGGUGGCGGGAGCACGCCCUGCUCGACGACUCCAGCCUGGUGCUGCCGGACGGCACCGUCAAGAACGUUCUCUAUCUGGAGAAACUGUCGCGCCAUGAUCUGCAUUCGGUCUAUACGUGCCAAGCGAGCAACGGCCACGUGGUACCGCCACUUUCCAGUGCCGUUAAGAUGGACAUGAAACUGCCACCACUGUUCGUGCGGAUGCAGGGCCUCCGGGAGACACUGACGGCCGGUGUCAAGACGCAAGUAUCGUGCAUCACGGCCGGCAGUCGCCCAGCGCCGAGCGUCGUCUGGACCAAGGGAUCAUCCGUCAUCCGUGGCUCAUCACAAACGACGUCCAACGACGGCAAUGUCACCGUAUCGGAGCUGGUGUUCGUGCCGGGGCCGGAGGAUAAUGAAAAAUCAAUUACAUGCUCAAUUAGCUACAACGAAGUCGACGGACCGACCGUGCUCCUGAAGGACACCCACGUGCUGAACGUCAAGCACGUUCCUGUGAUAUCGCUGGCACUGGGCGCACCGCUGAACUCGCAGAAUCUGAUGGAGGGCUCGGACGUGUAUCUGGAGUGCGACAUCAAGGCGAACCCGGCGGUGAAGAAAAUCGAAUGGUUCCACAACAACAAGCUACUGCAGUCGGCCCGCGGCAUCAUCGUGUCCAAUCAGACGCUCGUCCUGCAGAGCAUCACCAAGUCGACGCACGGCGAGUACAUGUGCCGGGCUUCGAACAGCGAGGGCACCGUCAACAGCAAUCAGCUUUAUUUGGACAUCAAAUAUCCGCCGGUCUGCAAAUCGGAAGCGCAAAUAAUUCGGGCCGCCGUGAAACAAACGGUCAACAUCACGUGCGAUAUCGACGCCAAUCCGAUGCCGAACCUGCUGUUCCGGUGGCAGUUCAACAACUCGCUCGAGAGCAUGCUGGAGCUGCCGCCGUACACGAACGUCGAGUCGGAAGCGGCGAACCUGGCGCUGGCCGAGAUCGACCUGGAGACGAACCACAUGGGCCCCAGCCUGGAGGAGAUGGUCCGGCGGAAGCUGGAGCGGUUGGAGCACUCCGUCCGUCAGCAGCAGCACCAGCAGCAGCACAAGGACGAAACGGUGGUCCCGUUGGUGGACGGCCAGCUCUACAUGUACCGGGUGGAGACGUUCAACAGCUUCGGCACCAUCACCUGCACCGCGACCAACGCGUACGGCCAGAGUGGCCACUGCGCCUAUCACAUACUCGUCGCCGAUGUACCGGACCCCAUCAAGAGCUGCACCGUUUCGAACGUGACCGCCUACACGGUGCACAUCUCGUGCAUCGCCGGCAAGGACGGUGGCAUCCCACAGCAGUUCCACCUCGACGUAUUUGAAGAAUCUAAGCGCAAGCUGCUACAAAGCAUCAGCUACCAGAGCCCGGAAAUGCUGCUCAAAAAGCUGCCCAGCGACACCAAAUUCAUCAUCAAGAUUACGCCCUACAAUCUGCAAGGCACGGCACCAACCAGUUACAGAGUGAAGGCGCAGACCCUUCCGGCGCCGCUACUUAGGACCGCACCAUCGAAGGCGGUCCUCGUGCAGCUAACGCCCCUACUGGGAGCCCUCGUCGGGGCGGCUAUUACGCUCUGUCUGGUCGCCGUGUGCGUUAUCGUGUUCGUGAAGUUCAAAACGAAGAAGAAGCACCAUCAGACGGGUAACACGGAGCAGGACAAGGGCAGCGCGGAACCGCUGAGCCGCAACAUCGGCAGCCACUCGAGCAUCGAUGACAAGAACCCGGACGUGAUACCGCACGAGAACAGCGAGGACGACGACGAGAAACAGUUCGAGCGGCUGGCGCUCCACACCGACACCGCGCUCAAGUACACCGUCUCGACGACGGUGCCGUCCGCGGUCGGGGCCUACUCACCCACGCACCACCACCAUCUAAUGUCCCCGACCGGGAAUGGCUUCAAGAAGUUUGGUGAGCUGUCGCUAACGACCAACCCCGGGUACGCGAUAUACAGCUCGCCGGUCCGAAGCUACGCCAAACCCGGGCCGGGCCAGACGCUCGGUUCGCUGCUGCUGUCCUCGACGAGUGCACCGUCGGCCGCGGUAACGCCACCGCCCGGUGGUGGCCUACUGCUUCCGGGGGCAUCCGGCCCACCGAUGGCCACAUCGCCCGGCCCCGGGACCGGCUCCGUCCUGUCCACCCCGGUGGGUGCGAUGCUACCGACGCGCACCUCACCCAACAUCUACACAAGACUGCCGCUGCGGGACUUUACGCCCAACAGCUACGACAGCAUGCUGAGUACCUCGCAGACGACCUCCUGCUCGUCGUCCUCGAACGGGGGCUACGCCACGUCGCAGAUUUACACCGCCAAAAUGCCACUCCUGACGACCAACUACAGCACGCUGGACAGUACGGGGCCGUGCGCCACCGGACUAGGCGGGCCGGACAAAUGUUGA